AUGGAUGCCAUAUUGGCUAGCCAUCCGUGGUCAGGAGAAUUAGCGGGUAUUCUACCUCUCUCUGCGGUCAUCGACUUUCUUGACGUUCCGCGCACUCUUCACACAUUCCAGCUCACCGGAAAUCAACCGCUCUGGUGUUGGUCCAUUACACCUUCUGCAAGCCGCUUGCUUCUCUCAAACAGAAAGGCGCAAAAUAACUGCUACCUUGAUGACUUUGGUGCCAGUCUGAGCCCUCUCUGUCUAGACGGUCGCUAUGGGGAUUUGUAUCACAUGGCGAGUCCUGAGACUUUGCGUCUGUACUUAGAAACCCUCAAGUCAAAACAAAUACGCAACAAUCACAAGAAUAUGAGCGAGCCGGACAGACGAAUUCAAAAACUUGAAGUGAUUCACAUGCAUCGGACUGAACAAUCGUCCCGGUCUGGGUUCUCGCUCUAUUUCCUUGUAGCCCAUGUGAUGGGUUGGGUCUUCUUCUUGGGUCUGUUCGCUCUAAGCGUUGCGCUGCAUUGCUAUAUCACGCUCGGUUUUCUAGCCACUAUAAUACUUAGUGGCGCAGUGGUCUAUUUUAUCCACGGAAGCGAGCGACGAAAUUUUCAACCAAGAGGUGGCAGCGAGUACAAUCGAGUUAUCAUCACGGCAAUGCAUAUGAACGAAACAAACUGGCAAGUCUUCUAUGGCGAAAGUAGCGUCCUUAAUUCUGUCCUCAACAAUCCCCUUCUUUCCACGAAAGGUCCCACUGGCACACCUGGAGUACUUCGGUUUGUAUUGCGACUGUGCAUUAUAAGCCAAUGGGGCUUUGCUAUUGGUGCUGCAACACUCAAGGGAUGGGAUUCGUAUUUCAUCACCUUCUGGAUCAUGUUCUGCAUUUUCUGGCACACAUACCCUUUUGCGCCAGAAAAGAUCGUGAAGAAUUGGAUGGAAGGUUACGCAGGGGUGAGAAUGGAUCGUUAUGAAGUUCAACUUGCCUCUCGAAGAGCUAUGUUAAAUACAAUCAUAGCUCUGAAUCCAGACACAUUCAAAUUCGACGAAGCAAUGGAAAAAGACACGACUGUAUUCUGUGAUGGCGCCUUCAGAUGGAUUGAUCCAAUUCUCAAAGAAAGCGAAGAUCGAGCACAAUGGGAGGAGUCUACACGCCUGGCCAUGAUUGAAGCCAGGCCGUCCUCUGGUGAUAGGAGUGGUCAUUCUUCUGAGAUCAUUAAUGAGGGGCAUGAGGAAUCUUCUGCCGCAGGGACCUCCAUCAAAAUCAAUAAACAGGCACAUUGGUAUACCAAAAUACUCGAAGGCAUCGAAGUGGCGGCGAAGAUUCGUGACGAAGCGGGCACCUUUGGGAGACGUUUGAUAUAG